GAUUCAAAAGCUCCCCCUGUUAAGCUUGCAAAAGUUUCCAAGGUCCUAGGCCGUACUGGAUCGCGCGGUGGUGUAACUCAAGUUCGCGUCGAAUUCCUCGACGACCCGACCCGGUCGCUCAUCCGUAACGUCAAGGGCCCUGUGCGUUCCGAGGACAUCCUCGCUCUGCUAGAGAGUGAACGUGAGGCACGGUAUGUCCAUUCCCUUUCUUCAUCUCCCUUGAAAAUCGGGUUUUCUGAAUGA